AUGAAGGUCAGGACUGACAAUGAUGGAAGCUUCAUAGUCCGAUACGCCUUUGCAUCGCAGCGAGGUUACUACCCUGACGAACCGAACAAAGCGAACCAGGACAGCUUCAUCGUAGUCCCCAAUUUCUGCCGCGACCCUGAGUCCCUUUUCUGCGGAGUGUUUGAUGGGCACGGGGGGACGGGCGAUCUUUGCUCAAACUUCGUCGCUCAAAAGCUUCCCAAGGAGUUCGAGAGUAGGCUCGAACUCCACGGCAACUAUUCAUCACUCGACGAGGACGCAAUCAAGGAGGCCAGCAAGAGGGCGCACAUGUCGACCAACGAACAGCUGCACGCCACUGAGUUCGACGACACGCUGUCCGGCACCACUGCGAUAUCAGUACUGCUCAAGGGGGACACACUGUUCGUUGCAAAUGUGGGGGACUCUCGGGCGAUCAUAUGCUCGAAACCACCCGGAGAAGAAAGCAUGGUUAGACCCCUCUCGGUGGACCAGACGCCCUUCCGCAAGGACGAGAGGACUCGCAUCAAGCAGGCGGGGGGUCACGUGCUGACUAUCGAUCAGAUCGAGGGGCUUGAGGAUGACGAAAACACCCUAUUUUCGGCUUGGUCGUGCAGCGCGGUCUGUGGCUUCACGAACCUCCCGUCCCUUGCCAUCGUCUUUCGAUUCGUCCAGCCUAUCCACGAGAACUGGGACACAAAUCUUGGUGACGAGUUAGACGAAAUCGGUGACCCUCCAAGAGUGUGGCUGACCUCCUUGGACCAGCCAGGGUGUGCCUUCACGAGGAGUCUUGGUGACUCGAUCGGAGAGACCGUGGGUGUGUACGCGGAACCGGAGCAGCUGGUGGUCAACGUCACCAAGCACGACAAAUUUAUCGUCAUCGCGAGCGACGGGGUGUUUGAGUUCAUUACCAGCAACAAGGUCAUGGAGGCGGUGGAGAGGUUCACCGAUCCGUUGUCGGCAGCGAAGCACAUCGUGCAGGAUGCGUUUCGGACGUGGCUGAGGUACGAGGUGCGGACCGACGACAUCACCAUCAUCGUCAUGUUCAUUGAGGACUUCAAAGAGGGCGACCUUUUGGAGGAGGGUAUGACUACGCCCAAGGUACGACGCCAGACAGCAACUUUCAUUGGGGAGAGCGUGAGGCCGGUGCGGCGCUAUUUCAGCAAGGAGGCCAAGAGCCGCUUGAUCAGGGAAGGGAGGGCUCGCGAUCAAGACGAAGAGACGUUCGACGUGGCUGCCAACGAGGUGCCCAAGACGAAGGAAGAAGUGGACACCAUUCUCGCGAUUGUCAAGGAUAUAUUCUUGUUCCAGCACUUGAGCGAGAAGCAGAUCGCCGACGUGGUUCGAGUGAUCUCUCGAGAGCACGUUGAGAAGGGGGAGGUGGUCAUCAAGCAGGGGGACGAGGGGGACAAGUUCUACAUUGUAGACGCCGGAGAAUUUGAUGUGAGCGUCACGGAUCACAACGGUGUCGAUUCCGUCAUCUCGCACAUCAACCUUCCCGGCGUGAGCUUCGGCGAGCUGAGCCUCAUGUACGGCAAGCCCAGAACAGCCACAGUCACCUGUGUGCACGACGGCUGGCUGUGGUGCCUGGAGCGGAAAGCCUUCCGGGGCAUCCUGGUGGACAGGAUGACGCACGACAACACCGUAAAAAUAUUGAGAAAGGUGAAAACGCUCAAGCCUCUGUCUACCCUGAAGCUGCAGCAGCUCAUCAGUCUCAUGGAGGAGGAAAGCUUUGUGGACGAGCAGUACAUCGCCUCCGAAGGGGAGAUCGGGGACAAGUUCUUCAUAAUAGUUCUAGGGAAGGGCUCGUUUGUGUCUAGUGGUCAAACCCGCGUUCUGUCCUUGCGAAGAUCAACGAUGGAAGCUAGGUUAGGUCCGCUGCAGUCGGAGAUAGACCAGGCCGGGGUUCGCAUGGCCAAGGGGGAGGCCAUGAAGGAGAAGAACGACACAUUGGUAGCAUCGCUCCAGAUGUGGCUCUACAACGUAUUGUUCGGUCCCGCAGCGCGCUCAUGCCCGCAGGGCACCACCGCGGCAGAUAUUCGGUUAAGGGCUUGGGCGGUGCAGCUCGGAGCGGCCUCGUUUGUGGGGCAGUACGAGCACUUAAGGGCCAAAGCCACCUUCGCGGUUAAGACAUCGCUAAAGAGGGGGUUGGUGGAGGAGGGCCAAGAGGCGACGGUGAUUGCAGAAAGCCGCCUCCUGGCCAACUUUUCGAAACCGAAUCCUUUCGUCCCCACCCAGCUCCUCACGUUGCAAGACGCGAAGGCCACCGCACGAUUCUACGCGGCUUGCGUCAAGUCUGCCAUCGUGUUCCUGCACGACGAAGGCUUUAUCCACAGAAACGUCACGCCUCAUUGUGUCUACAUCACCGACAAGGGCUACUGCCAGCUGGCCGAUCUCACCUGCGCCAAAAAGAUGGACGGAAACAAGGCAUAUACAAUGGUGGGAGACCCGCACUACAUGGCCCCAGAGCAAAUAUCGGGGCAAGGGUACGGAUAUGGCGUAGAUUACUGGUCACUAGGGAUCCUCCUUUUCGCGAUGCUGCACGUGGAGACACCGUUUGCACAGCACACCUCUGAGACCCAGGUUCGGCACCACCAAAUGAAAAGGCUCAAAAGUAGUGGGGCCGCAUAUACAAGGCCGGCCACCUGGUAUAACGGCGGUGAAUUUGCGUGA